CAACCCAACGCAACCCGCCCACCGAUCCAGAGCCGAGUCGACUCGGAGAGAGAACAUCUCAGGAGAGUGGCUCAGAUCUUUCGUUGCGCCUCCCCAACCCCUUUUUUGUCUCUCCAUGUCAUGUUGUUUUCCUCGUCAUCUCGUUCUUCUUCCGUCCGUCCUUGGAUUUCUCCUUUCCAAAAAUGAAUACAGCAUAGCUCCACCAUUGUUGUGGCUUCAGAGUGACCUCGCUGACAAACUAGGAGGAAGAGGAGGAGGAGGAGGAAGCGGCAACCAUGGAUGAAAUCCAUCCAGGACCAGAGGCGAAUUCCUUCGUUGAAGUCGCAGCAGAUGGUGGAGAGAGGCGGGAUGAUGGUGAAUAAAUCUGACCGUUUCUUCCUCUCUCUUCCCUCGACCCUUCUUAGAUCGUCUUUUCCAAGACAGAAUUAGUACUGUAUUCUGCCAAGGAAGCAACUAAGUCCAGCAUAAAUGGAUACUCCACCUCAGCCACCUCGUCGUCUGGGUUACUCUGCUGCAGUUGCUUCAUCUAGCAACCUAACGCCUGGUCCCAAUCAGCGGCCUACUUCCUCUGCAUUCACCUCCCCAGAAUCAGCAAGACUUUCUCCUCAGAUAUCCCAACAAGGCCAGCUCCCUCCGUCAUCGGGUGACGGAGUCCAUGCUGGUAGUCCAGUUCAUCAGUUCAGUACUCCUCCUGGCCCGCCUGUCUUCUCUUCGCCUUUGCGGCCAGCAGCUGUACCAUUCCGAACAUCACCUGCAACUCCACAGCCUGUAUCUUUCUCAACGGGUUCAUCGUUGCCCACAUCCUCUUCAUCCCAUUACUCCAAUGGAUCCCAUGAGUUGCCAUUGCAUCAUUCCGCUGAUGAGUUCACUUUUGAGUGUCCUUAUGUGUUUUUUUCUGCUCACAAGGUGUUGAAACGUAAAAAACUAGCAAAUGUACCAAGCUUGGGAUUCGGAGCUUUGGUCUCCCCUGGGAGGGAAAUUACACCUGGUCCUGAGGUUGUACAUCGUGAACCUCAUCGUUGCCGAAAUUGCGGGGCUUAUGCGAAUCUUUACUGUGAAAUUUUGGUUGGAUCAGGACAGUGGCAAUGUGUAAUAUGUAAGAAUUUGAAUAGCAGUGAUGGGGAAUACAUAGCUCCUAGCAAGGAAGAUCUUCGACAUUGGCCUGAACUUUCUUCCUCAGCUAUUGACUAUGUUCAGACUGGGAAUAGUCAGCUAGGUUUUGUUUCAGUAUCUGACUCAAGAGUGACUGCACCUAUAUUUCUUCUCAUUGAUGAAUGUUUGGAUGAAGCACAUCUCCAGCACCUGCAAGGUUCUUUGCAUGCUUUUGUGGACUCUCUUCCCCCUGCUACGAGGCUUGGUAUCAUCACAUAUGGACGAACAGUGUCAGUGUUUGAUUUUUCAGAGGGCUCAGUGGCAUCAGCUGAUGUCCUACCAGGUGACAAAUCACCCACCCAAGAGUCUUUGAAAGCUCUAAUAUAUGGAACUGGUGUUUAUUUGUCACCCAUACAUGCUUCGCUUCCUGUAAUGCACAUUAUAUUUUCAUCUCUAAUGCCGUACAAACUCAAGAUGCCAGAAGCAUCUCGAGAUCGUUGCCUUGGUACAGCAGUGGAGGUUGCUGUAGCUAUAAUUCGAGGACCAUCAGCUGAAGUGUCACGUGGAGUUAUCAAAAGAUCAGGAGGAAAUUGCAGAAUCAUGGUAUGUGCUGGUGGUCCUAAUACUUAUGGACCUGGAUCAGUUCCACACUCGUUUGUUCAUCCGAAUUAUGCAUACAUGGAGAAGACAGCUAUGAAGUGGAUGGAACAUCUUGGUCAGAAUGCACUACAGCAUGAAACUACAGUGGAUAUUCUUUGUGCUGGUACAUGUCCAGUGAGAGUUCCCAUUCUGCAGCCUCUAGCAAAAAGCUCUGGUGGUGUGCUGAUACUUCAUGAUGACUUUGGGGAGGCAUUUGGUGUUAACUUGCAAAGAGCAUCUACCAGGGCAGCUGGUUCCCAUGGAUUGUUUGAAAUACACUGCUCGGAUGACAUUCUUGUGACACAAGUCAUUGGGCCAGGAGAAGAAGCAACAGCUGAUUCUCAUGAAACGUUCAAGAAUGACUCUUCUUUUUGCAUUCAGAUGCAUAGCAUUGAAGAAACACAGAGCUUUUCCCUGUCCAUGGAAACAAAGGGUGAUAUAAAGAAUGACUAUGUUUAUUUCCAAUUUGCAGUUUGUUAUUCAAACAUUUAUCAAGCAGACAUCUCGAGAGUGAUUACCGUGAGGUUACCUACUGUUGAUAGCGUGUCCUUGUAUCUCCGGAGCAUCCAAGAAGAUGUUGCUGCAGUUCUUAUUGCUAAGAGGACUGUCUUGCAUGCCAAAAAUUUUUCUGAUGCUAUUGAUAUGAGACUCACAGUAGAUGAGAGAGUUAAGGAUAUUGCUCUAAAGUUUGGUUCUCAGCUACCAAAAUCUAAGCUUUUUCGGUUUCCUAAUGAGUUAUCAACUCUGCCUGAGAGCUUAUUUCAUCUUAGAAGGGGACCACUUUUAGGAAAUAUUAUUGGUCAUGAGGAUGAAAGGUCUGUCUUAAGAAAUUUGUUCUUGAAUGCGUCGUUUGAUUUGUCUCUUCGCAUGUUGGCUCCUCGUUGCCUAAUGCAUCGUGAAGGAGGUACUUUUGAGGAGCUACCAGCUUAUGACCUUGCCAUGCAGUCUAAUGCAGCAGUGGUCCUUGACCAUGGAACAGACUUGUUCAUAUGGUUGGGUGCUGAGCUUGCAGCUCAAGAAGGAAAAAGUGCAGCAGCAUUAGCAGCAUGCAGAACAUUGGCAGAGGAGCUGACUGAGAACCGUUUUCCAGCUCCUCGGAUCCUUGCAUUCAAAGAGGGGAGCUCUCAGGCUCGGUAUUUUGUUUCUCGUUUAAUACCAGCUCACAAGGACCCCCCAUAUGAGCAGGAGGCAAGAUUCCUGCAGUUGCGCUCAUUAACUCCAGAGCAAAGGGCAAGGCUAAAGAGCAGUUUCCUUCACUUCGAUGAUUAUAGCUUUUGUGAGUGGAUGCGUAGCCUGAAUCUGGUGCCCCCUAAACAUAGCUAGAUCAUACAAUGGACAAAGCUUUAGAUGAUUCUUUCUGCAUGGCAUGAACACUCCACUACAAUAUUCAAGGUGCGAGAACAGAUCAGAUACCUGGAAACGUAUGAGACCAGUUUCGAGGAACUUGAUGCUGGGUGGUGACUUCCUGUUAGACUAAAGCCCAAGUUCCUGCAAUUGAUUUUGCUCUCUAUAUAUAUUUAAAGACUGUUGUUCCCAUUUAGAUUGGUUUCGAAAGCUGUUUCAUAGAUGUGAGAUACCAGAGUACAUAAAAUCUGUCUCUGGUUCGAAAUUCAUGGGAUUUGGUAUUUAUCUUACAUUCCAAAAUUUCUGAAAGCAAUAAGGAAUCUAAUCUUUUGCUGUUGGCUUACCCAAAUAUAACUUCUAAAGCCUGUGAGGAAAGAACUAGUUGUAAUGAAUAUAUGUUUUGUUUGGUGGGUGGAUUUUAAUAGUCAUUAAUAUUUGAAUCAUUCUCAUUA